CCACCAUCCCUCCCGCCGUCCCAGGAGUUCACGGACCUCGGGCACCGGAUUGACUGUCUGGACCUGAAAGGUGAGAAGCUCGACUACAAGGCCUGCGAAGCCCUGGAAGAGGUCUUCAAGAGGCUGCAGUUCAAGGUCGUGGAUCUGGAGCAGACAAACCUGGACGAAGAUGGCGCCUCCGCCCUCUUCGACAUGAUUGAGUACUACGAGUCGGCCACCCACCUCAACAUCUCCUUCAACAAGCACAUCGGCACCCGGGGCUGGCAGGCCGCCGCCCACAUGAUGCGCAAGACCAGCUGUCUGCAGUACCUGGACGCCCGCAACACGCCCCUGCUGGACCACUCCGCGCCCUUCGUGGCCCGUGCCCUGCGCCUCCGCAGCAGCCUGGCCGUGCUGCACCUGGAGAACGCCAGCCUGUCGGGGCGGCCCCUCGUGCUGCUCGCCACAGCCCUGAAGAUGAACAUGAACCUGCGGGAGCUGUACCUGGCCGACAACAAGCUCAAUGGCCUGCAGGACUCGGCCCAGCUGGGCAACCUGCUCAAGUUCAACUGCUCCCUGCAGAUCCUGGACCUCCGUAACAACCACGUGCUGGACUCAGGUCUGGCCUACAUCUGCGAGGGCCUCAAGGAGCAGAGGAAGGGCCUGGUGACCCUGGUGCUGUGGAACAACCAGCUCACACACACGGGCAUGGCUUUCCUGGGCAUGACGCUGGUGAGUCCAGCAGAGGGUCCCCGCCGCCACCUCCCCCACCCCCGCGCCCAGCACUGUCAGCCGAGCUCCCGCCCCCAGGGUACAGAGGCUCCACCAGGGGACGAGCUCCCCACCGCCGGGGAGUGGUACGAACACACGGACUCCCUGGGCCCUGGGGACAGGAGCCCCCCAGGCGGCCCUUCCUCCCCCACUGAGCAGCGAAUCUCUGUGUCCAGCCCAGGCCGAGGCCACAAAGUGUUUGUGGUGACUCGAGUGGAGAGCCCCCCUGAGAGAGCAGAGCCCCCUGUGCCGCCCUCUCCUCGUCCUCCCUCCCCACCUGCCUUGCCUUCCCCGCCCCCCUCACCUUGUGGCCUGGAACACGAACUGAGCUGCUCCAAGAACGAGAAGGAGCUCGAGGAGCUGCUUCUGGAAGCCAGUCAGGAAUCCGGGCAGGAGACACUGUGACACUUUAGUUCCUUUUUUCCAGCCGGUCUUCUAUGAGCUGAGGCCAGAGCCAUGAGAACCUGCUCACCCUCACCCCCAGCCUUCCUGAGGCCCAGAGGCCAGGGGUGGGGGCGCCUUUCAGGGGACCCCUACCUCCCACAGCAACACUACACGGGGUGCAGGAGCUACAGGGAGUGGCCCUGUCCGUCCUGACUGGAGCACUCCUGUUUAUGUGUCCAGCCCCUACGCCUCUGGGCCAGAGGAGGGGGAGUCUCCAAGGUCAUCAGCCCCAAAUCCACUGACUUUUCCGGAAGGGCCUGUUAGGCCAGGCUUGCCUGGGAGGGCAGGAGUCCUGGGUGGUGGUGGGAUGCCCCCCAACCCCCAUGGCGCUGGGCACGACGAGGCAGGAGGAUGGUGUGGGGCAGUGAGUGGUGGUGGUGGUUGGACUUUGUAGAGCAGCCCCAGACAGGGUGCGGGUGGGGGAUGGGGGCAGAGGAUCAGAGCUUUCUUCUUAAGUGCAAUAAAUCUAUCAGGGAGCUGGUGGGGGCGGCCAGGGCUCUGGGGACCCUGCUGUCCAGGCCGCUGGAAGCUGCGCCCUGAGAGGCACUACGACCCGGGGAGGGUGGGGUGGAGUGGGCAGAGGGCUGGGGAGGGGCUCCUGUCGGUGCAACUCUGUCCACACCUUUUCUAAUAAACCAGAGCUGGUUCACCUCUG